AUGGCGCACCCAGUGGCUCAUCGAGUGAUCAUGUACUCUGUGCUCAAGGUGGGCAAAAUAGUACCGCAGUUCAGUCUUACCCGUCUCUGCAGCUUGCCGGAGGCUGAAACAACUCUUAAUACUACUAUUGACGGAGUCACUUUCUAUGAAUGCCCCUUAUCACUCCUACCUGAUAGAUCGGCUCGCUUCUUCGUGGAUCACCCGGGAUUUUUCAAUCUUGCCGGACGCUUUCUGCCCCUCAAUGAUCACGCUCAGCCCAUUUUGUAUUAUGAUGUGCACUCGGCUGGAGAAGUGUAUGAUUCUUUCAUCGUACGAAGCAAGGAACCUAGGCGAGCUUGUGUGUCCUCCAUAGGGACCAUAGUUGGCCUUUAUGACUUCUUGCAUAACAAUCGUGUCAAGACCAAGGUCGUGCUGCGACAUACUGAUUAUAGUCACUUGGAUCACGCUUAUCGGACCUUUGAGCUUGAGUAUCUAUUCAAUUGGGUCAGGGUCACUGGAGGUCAACAAAGCGAACUGUCCAUUGAUAUGGUAAUCGAGGUCUCGGGCGCGCAACCUAGACACAGGCCCACAGCAGAACGUGAACAGUGCAAUAACAUGAGGCGAUUGUUUGGACUCGUCUGUGUCGAUACCGUCAGCAGGGUACUACGUCAUAAUUCACAAGUGAGCGGACACUCCCGAGCAAUCAGGACGGGUGAUGGCGCGAGAAACCAAGUGAAUGGUGUUCACUUGAGGAUAAGGUCUUUGCGAGAGAUAACGACGCUUAGAUCAUGGGCAUUAAUCAUCCGCGGAAUGGACUCUGUUCAUGGGCUGCCUGGCCUGGAGCGGUGGCAUGGGUCAAUGCGAAACUUGAUCAAGGACUGGCAGAUGGACAAUGGUCAACGCUUGAGGACCUUUGGUCUGGUAGCACUCGCAUGCAAGGGUGCCAGUGCCGUCGCAGUCAUACAAAAGCUCCAUACUACUACAUCGUUAUUACUGCAUGCGAGUAUCCUUAUCCAAAACGCACCCACAGAUUGUUCCAAUAUGCCGGGUAUACAACGUCACUCUGAAAACUCUGAGGAGCCGGUUGAGCUUGCUUUCUUGCAACUCGUGGCCAAGCAAUUCCAGUCUCCGACUGAGGGACCAAUUAAGCUCCAGUACCCGGACGGACGCAAGGAGUCCGUUCAUAGGUUUGGUACCAUAGCAUACCGCGUCGUAGAUCAUGACACUGCGAGCCCAAAGUGUCUCUUCACGCACUUUUCUUUUUGUGCUAAUUCAUCGGACGAAGGGCGAAGUGUAUUGACCCUGCAAAUGGUUGAGUCACCGAGCUGUCAAAGGGAUUUCCCUGUGCGCGUACAUAUCAUAGAUGAGAUGUUUGUCACCCCAGAUGCUGUUCAAAUGGUUUUGGGGUCACAAAGCAAGAACGUGGAGCUUAUGGAGAAACGGAAAACAAAAGCUGAUGCAGAAAGUUGGUCAUAUGGACAGAUUGUCAAGAUUUUGUGUCAACCGCCACGGUUUAAACAAUUCUGUGCUCAUGGGGCAAUGGACAAAAUGACCGCGGAUCAAUUUUGGGGCCGAGGAAAAACUGCCUGA